AUGGAUUAAAUAUAUUGGAAUAAAGUGAAUGGUAAAGGGAACUCACUUAUGGUAUUUAAAUCCAAAAGUGAUUAUAUCUUUGGAGCAUACUCUCCUUGUAAAUGGGAAUCAAAUAAGGGAUAUGUAGAAGAUAAUACAUUAUCAUCUUUUAUAUUUUCAUAAACUCAUGAUUAAGUUUAUGCUUUGAUGUAAGAUUAGAAAUAAAAUGCUAUUUAUUGUGAUAAUUCAAAUUAUGGAUCUAGAUUUGGAGGUGCACCUGAUAUUUAUAUAUGUAGUGAUUUUACUGAUGGUGGUUCUAGAUUAGGUUAUUCAUAUUAAUUUAGUUAAUACAAGAAUCAAAAUGUUGAUCCAUAUUUGUAUGGAUAGGUUAAGCCAGAAAUUAAAGAAUGUGAGAUAUAUGAAUUGUCAUUUGUUUGA